AUGUUAGCCUUUCAACUCCUACUGCUGAAGGGUCUGGUGGCAGAAGAACAAUUACGUCGAGAACUUGUUAUACUUUUCACGGAUGAGCUGGGUCAUGUUUCCCACUGGAGAGCCAUCAUGGCAGGAAGUCUGGCUGGCAUGGUUGCAACCAUCAUGACUCACCCCACUGACGUAAUUAAAACACGGCUCAUUGUGCAGAACCGACUGGAACCAUCUUACGAAGGAAUUCUUCAUGCUUUUUACAAAAUUUAUCAUCAAGAAGGACUCCUUGCACUCUACCGUGGCUUUUCACCAGCUAUAUUAGGUGCUGUCCCAUUUUCUGCGGGCUCAUUCUUUGUUUAUAUCAAUCUGGACAAAAUCUGGCGAGAACCCAUAGUUCAUUUCACUCCUCUUCAGAACUUCAUAAAUGGCUGUGUUGCAGCUGCUGUGGCACAGACACUUUCCUUCCCCUUUGAGACUGUCAAGAGGAAGAUGCAGGCGCAGAGUCCUUGGCUUCCCCACUACGGAGCAGUUGAUGUCCAUUUCACGGGCAUGGCUGACUGUUUCCGGCAAACUGUGAAGAGCAAAGGUGUGCUCGGACUGUGGAGUGGGCUCACACCCAGCCUGCUCAAGAUUGUCCCAUACUUCGGUGUGAUGUUUAGCACCUUUGAGUUCUGCAAGCGGGUCUGUCUGUACAGAAACGGUUAUAUUGAAUCUCCUUUAAACUACAAGCUAACUCCUGGUGUGGACCAGAGUUUACAGCCACAAGAACUGAGAGAAUUAAAGCUCCUCCGAAGCGAAAAUUUUGUGCCAAGGAAAUCGGCGCUUGAAAACUGACAUUGGAGUGUCCAUUGCAGAUAUACACAAUACCUUUCUUAAGGUACCCUGCAAGAAAGAUGUGCUGAGCUACAGGUACCAGCAUCUCCGAGGAUUGCAUCGUUUUAGUACUGAGACACCAGAGCCAAGAAUGAAUAAAUCUUGUAACUCAUUUGCUGAAUAGGUAUAAA